AUGCCUCCCAAGCGAGGAAAGAAGGAACAGCCAGCCAAGGAGGAGACCACAGGCACAAGGGAAGCUGCUGAGGACGUUGUGCCCACCCAGGAAGCUGCACUGCUGCUCCAAGACUAUGAGCGCAUCUGCCAGCAACUGGAAGACUUGAAAGUGCAGCGGGCACAACUGCGGGAGCAGAAUGACUUUCUGCAGCAGGAGGCGCAGUGCCUUCAGUCCGAGAGCCUGGAAUUCACGGGCUACCUGGCCAAGCGAGUCCAGAGACGCCAGGAUGCUGCCGUCUCCCUGACCGAGGAGAACCGGCAGAUGCUGAGGGAGAUCCGGCAGCAACAUCAGGAGGUGCUUGCCCGCUUCCAGGAGCAGGAGGCCGCUCUGCGGGAUGAGCUGCUGCGGAAGGAAGCAGAAGUCGCUCGACUGGGCUCAGAACUGGAGGGGUUGGGGAAGAUCCGGGCCCUGCAGCAGGAGCAGGUGGCCCGCAUUCAGGAACUUCAGCGCGAGCUGGCAGCUGCCAGGAAGCAGCAGGUCGACCGCCUCCAGGAAACAAAGGCCGGCUUCUUGCAGCAGAAGGCGGUCUAUGAGAAAGAGGCCCAGCAGCAAAUGGAGCGCUUGGCCCAGCAGGCACAAGAGGUGGCAACGCUGUGCCAGCGGGAACACAGCGAGGUGGUGAAACGGCAGAAUCAGGAGCUGCGGCAGGAGCUGCAGCAGUUGGUCCGACGGGCGAACGAGCUGCGGAAGCACAAGCAGCGGCUCGAGGACCAAGCCCAGCGAUUGCGGCAAGAACAUCGCUGCCUGCAAGAGAUCGCCCUUUUGCGCCACUGCCGUGGGCGCCAGAAAGAUAUCCCACCAGGGGACGACAGAACAGGGCACUCCUUGCCAGGACAACCUUAG